AUGGCGUCUACAGCAGCAGGACUAUGCAGCCCGAUCCAACUGACCACCAGGUUCACCCGGCCGAACCCAUCGGCCGCGUCCCUCAAGGCGCUCAACUCGAACCAGGCCCUGUUCGGGCUGAAAUCCGGAGUCGGAGUCGGAGCGGGGAGGAAGAGGAUGGUGACGGUGGCAUACAAGGUGACCCUCAAGACCCCAGAGGGAGAAGUCAGCUUCGACUGCCCGGAAGACGAGUACAUCCUCGACGCAGCAGAGGAGGCCGGCGUCGACCUUCCUUACUCCUGCAGGGCAGGGUCAUGCUCUUCUUGCGCCGGGAAAGUGGUGAGCGGGUCGGUGGACCAGUCCGACCAGAGCUUCCUCGACGACGACCAGAUCGAUGGUGGGUGGGUUCUCACCUGUGCGGCUUACCCGUCUUCCGACGUCACCAUCGAGACCCACAAGGAGGAGGAGCUCGUCGCCUAA